CUGACGCUUGAUGCGGCAUAAUUAUAAUUGCAAAAACAAAAAAGCGAGAAUUGCGAGAAAAGUUUCAAUGAUUUGCUUUGUCUGAAAGUGUAACUCGAAUUUUGUUUCGUAUAGUUUUUCUAAAAACAGUUCGCGAAUUGGUUAUUUUCACUAAAAAGUGUAUUGCCAAACGCUAAUAUUUGCAUUUUUGAGUGCCAAAAAAAAUUAAAUACUGGUACUGUUUACCUGCCAAAUACCUGGGCCUGCCAAAUUCGAUUGUAAUUGCAGAUUUUUUUUUUGAAAUCCUGCAACUGAAUUUGGACUCCUAUUAUUAAGCGUGGCGUAUGUUGUAAAUGUUGACUGUGUUACUGGCUUUGGCGGUAGUACUGAGGAAACGAUUGCCACACUUUGGAAGGCGUGGCAAUAACAAGCUAGUAACUUACGAAAAUACCAACAAGGUUAAAACCCACUCAAAGGAUUCAGUAUUGAUAGAUUUAGGUUCAUAUCAAUCCGUAAUUUACUGUAUGAUGAGUACCGGACAGAAGAGCCCAAUAACAGACAACAUGGACACCAGCGGUGCAGCCGUAAUUACAUUUAGACUUGGUGAUAAGCACUGUUGUCAAGAUAUUAGCAACAAAAAUGUUAAAGUCAUUGCAAACCCCGGUAUCCACGACCACGGCUCUUCCAAAGUCAAGUUGAAAAAUAUUGUUGACUACAAAUGGGAAGUAAAAAAUUAUCCCGGUCAUUUGAUAGCAGUUCACAUUGAUGAAAAAUACAUCGCAUAUGUUAUUAAUGUCAACAAUAAAGUAUCAGGUAUGGAGGGCAUGGUUCGUGUUGUGAAUACAGCCAAAGGCUUAAGAGCUCUAAUAAAAGGAAUGUCGGGAGAAGUGCUUGACCUGCAAUUUGCUCACAUCGAGAAGGAACAUAUACUAGCUUCCAUUGAUGCAAGUUCGCUGUACGUGCAUAAGAUUGAUUUGCUUGAGGGUUCUUUAUUGUGCAAUUUAGUUAUAAAAAUAGAAGAUCCUUUGGCUAACUAUACACCAAAGUAUGAUAAAAUAUCGUGGUGUCCUUUCAUUGAAGUAACUUUGGACGAUGACGAAGAUAGCCAGCUAAUAGUUUGGGCACGUGGUUCAGUAUUCCAGUGCUUUAAUAUAAAUAUUAUUGUUGCCGAACAUGGUAUCGGAAAAUUCCACUCUAAAGAUUUGAAAUCUGGCUAUUUGAAACAUGCAGAUGAGACAAUAACAAUAACGUGGGUUGCCCUGUCCCCAGAUGGUUCUACUUUGGGUGUAGGUAGCACCGAUGGCAUUAUUCGUUUCUAUCAGGUGUACAUACACGAUAAAGAUCCCCGUUGUUUACACACUUGGAAGCCUCACAACGGAAAACCUGUUUCGUCCUUUUUCUUUUUAGACAACUUAACAAAAAACAAUGCAGCACCGUACUGGAAAUUUGCUAUUACCGGCGCCGAAAACAAUACUGAAUUUAAGGUAUGGGAUUGUGGCACAUGGAAUUGUCUCCAAACAAUUAAUAUUGCCAGCGCAUCGGGUAAAAAUCUACAUUUUGUUGCGGAACUUGAUCGUACUUCAUCGUAUUUGGUGAUAUCUAGUUUGGAGACGCGUACAUGUUAUGUAAUGCAAAUUAUAAAUACUAAUAAUUGCAUACCAGCUUUGAAUGGGACCGCCGCAAACAAAGACGAUUCGUUAAAAAAAGAUGCAAAUAGUAGCUGUGCAACAUCUCAUUCAUCCGGUUCAAGUGCUAGAGCAGAUGCUGGAACUUCUGCUAAUUCAAAUGUACAAGUUUAUGUGAAAAGCAUUUCAGAAUUUCCACUCAGUUCGGGAAUUCUGUCAUUUUCCAUAGUUGACGCAGAUGUACGCCGAUAUAAAUGUGCUAAUGAUAAUUAUAUGUGCGAGGAGUUGGACGAUUAUGAUGAGGAGACUUCCUCCAUUUAUUGUGUUGUAGUUCACAUGUAUAUCGUGCAAUCGAAAAGCAUGCAAGAGUGCCAUAUAUUGUAUCAACCUAUGCUUCAAGAUAAUGCAGAUCUAAGGAGCACCAUGGGUAGUGAUACUACCUCGGAUCCUAUAAGAGAUCAGCCAACUAAUUUAAUCGAAUCUAGAAACGAAAAUGUCAAAGUGGAAAAUGUAAAGGACCAUAACGAAAGUGAAGAUACUACAAAAGCUGUUGAAAAAGAGCACGUCCAAAUUGUUACUCAGAUCAAAGAAGAGUCAUCCUCAAACGAAAAAAAUGCAUUGGAACUCUUGUUGGGAAUUACAAAUGCUUCAAAUACUGUUAGUCAUAGCAACUUGGUUUCAAAUUCGGGUGGAUCCAACGUUGUUGCUGUAGCAGCUGCAGCCGCAGCAGCGCCAAGUGUAAUGGCUACAGAGAGUAACACAGAUUCUCGUAACGCAUCUCCAAAAGUAUCGGCAAAUGUGGGUGGAAAAUCAUAUCCUCAGGUGAAUUUAAUGACACCAGACGCUUUUACCUCUUCAUCGUCUACAAAUGACCGCAAAACCCCAGAGAACGUCAGCAGUGAAGUCCUCAACACCAUACUAAUGUUAGCUGCCGUAACUGGGCAAAAUGCUGCUGCUCCGCCUAAAGCUGACAAUAUAAAUAUAUUAAAUUUAGUGAACAGUUCUUUAAUAGAGGGACAAGAGCAACAAAAAUUACAAAUGAAAAGAGAUCUUGAAUAUCAAGAAAAGUUUAGAGCCAUAGAUAGAAACCCUGGCCGUAGUAUUGGCGAGAAUUUGACAAGUGGUGGCUCGAGUCCUAGCCGUGAGGUACAAGAAAUUAUGUCAUUGCAGGACUACGACAAAAGCUCAUUCAGUGGGGAUGAACUUUUGGAAGGGAAUAAUGACAAUGUCAAUGAAAUAGCUGCAGUCGAAACAGAAAAAAAUAAUGUGGACACUAGGGAUAAGGACAUUCCUUCCACCAACACAAAAAUUAAUGCCGCUGCUGCAACGAAUUGGCCGAAAUUGCCAGAUAUGCCCAAGGUAAACACUAGUAAACAUUCAGCUGAAUUGCAAAAUGCUGCAAAUUUAAUAUCACAGGCUGUAAACGCUUCAUCCAUGUCCAACCUAAGUAGCAGCCAUAUAGCGCCCACUCUCGGUAGUAAUUCCUGCAUAAACAUUAUUCAAAGUGAAAUUGAAAACCCAGGCACCACGGAUAUAACGGAAAUCAAUAUGAAAAUGAACGAACUGAUUGAUCUGAUAAAAAUGCAAUCGGUGCAAAUAAAUAAUCUUCAAUUGGAAGUAGCCGAAAUGAAGAAAACCAAUCCUGUGAUUGCGCAAAAGAAUAUGACUGAGUUUGGAUUUAAAUUGGAAAUGCAAUUGUCCAAGUUAAUGGAGACCUACUUAAAGCGUUAUGAAACGGAGCAUAAUAGGAAUCUAUCAUCGUUUUUGAUGGGAAAAGAUGUACAAAAUCGGGAAUUACGUGACAGCAUAAUGCAAAUUAUGAACCAGUACGUAUUGACACAGUUCGGGGAAAUGGUUUCGAAAGUUAUGACCAUCGAAAUACAGAGACAGCUGGCUCCAAUGCUGGCCGCAAAAAUCGACAACUUGCAACAACAAAUUCAGUUAGACAUAGCGCAAAAAUUGAAAUCUUUCGAUUUUAUGAUCAAAGAAAACAUUUCGCAAGCCUGCAAGAGCAAAAGUAUUAUCGAUGCGUUUGGUAAAUCAGUAUUAGUUGGAGUUCAAAACAGUCUACAAAGCGCGUUUAUUGAAUCCAUGUCAAGUACUCUUAUACCGGCCUAUGAAAAAUCUUCACAAAAUAUGUUCAAACAAUUACACGAGGCAUUCUCGGUGGGAAUAAAAGAAUUUAUGGAACAGUUUGAUACAUAUUUACAACAACUGCAACCUAUGCAAGAUUCUACAGAAGAAAUACUAAAUAAGUUUUCAAGUUUCCGUCAGCACUUGGAUACGAUUCUAAUCAAGCAUCGAAAUGGAGUGCAGGAAGCUAUGUUGGAUACUCGUAAAGAUAUGAAGAGUUUGGAACUUUUGUUGUCACGACAAGUUCAGGAAACCAUACGAUCCGAGAUUCGAAAAUCAUUUGAGUGUCAAGCUGCUGUUAUUCGUUCGCAAGCCAACACACCCGCGCCUAUGUAUGAUAUGAAGGACACAAUUAAGCAUCUUUUACUUCAGGGUCAAAUAAAUAAAGCUUUCAACCAAGCAUUACUCGGAAACGACUUGAGUUUGGUGGAGUAUACAUUGAAGAAUGCUGACCACAAUGCGGUGUUUACGCCCAAUUGUUGUUUAGAGCAAAAAGUAUUAUUAUCUCUUAUACAACAAAUUUCGGCAGACAUGAGCAACCACAAUGAAGUUAAGCAAAACUACUUGGCUGAAGCAUUAUUGGCUAUAAAUCCACAUGACCCCAUUACCAGGGAGCAUGCCCCAAAAGUUCUACAAGAAUUAUUCCGUAAUUGCCAAAUGUUCCUUAUCAACCAUCCAAAGAGUUCGCAGUGCAGUAAUGUUCGAAUGCUGAUGAAGGCUGUUCAAGCGUACAAGGAUCAAUUCUAACGAUUACAUCUACAUUGACACAAUGUCUAAAACAAUCACAUUAGUGAGGAAAAAUCUCCAUUAAAAUGAUGACUUCAGACUUAGGAAGAAUGAAAUUCUUUAAAAAUUGAUUAAUUCAAUAUGUCUACAAUAUUUAUCAUCUAAGAUACAUUGUGACGUAUUUAAGUUAACUUGAUCAACUCGUAAUAAGAAUUGCAUUAUAAAAACCUUUAGUUUCCCUAUCCAACCCAAAUAAUUUCAAUCUCACCCCCUCGUUGUUUAAAGUAUUCUUAUUCCAUGGACGACGUAUCACUUUCACACAUACAAGCAUAAGUUAUUAUAGUUAAGAAAAGAUGAAAAUUGUGCAAGACUUUAAAAGCAAUUUUUACGGACAUUCUCAUAAAUUAAAUUUUGUGUCUGGUGUAAUAAUAAUAUUAACAAUUAGUGUUUUGUGGCGUUAUUAGAUUAAGUAAAACAAAAAACACCACUCAUGAAUUGACGCUUGCAAGCUUUUUAUAAUAUGACUGACUACCAUUUUUAUAUUAAAAGAUACCUAUUGAGAAUCAAACAUGUUUUCUUUAUUAACUUUAAUUAUAUAUAUCUCAUUUUUAUUUUAAAUUUCUUAUAGGUAUUUACCAAUUAAAUAUUGUUACAAACAAGCCCCACAACUCUGAUCUAAAAAAUUCACCAACCCAAAAAUCAUUAAAGUACCGGUUAUUGAAUAAAACGAAGCAAGCAUUGCUCUGGAAAACAA